UUAAACAGUCCGCACGAAGUGCUUGGGAGCUUAAAAUAGGAGGAACGUAACUGUACAACUGCACAAGCAUCUAUUUUCGUUGGAAGGGUGUGGUCUGCUUCUUCAAAACUGACAUUUGAAUGUAUGGAAGGUACAAAAAUAUUGUAUAGAUUCCUUUGUAGGGAAGCAGCUGGUUGCUGCAUCAGAAGAUUCUCAUACUGCUGGGGAAGCUGAACAGUGAGGGUCAUCCAUCAGGUUUUAUCAUCUGCCUCACAGACAACUCUGGAUGCAGAAGCUCCACAACAAGACAAAAGAAGAGUGGGCAAUGAAAACAUUUUUUUUAAUAAAAAUGUGUGUUCAAAGGACAGUAUGAAGAUGAAAGGGUUUUGCAUCUUUUUGCUAAAUCUGUCAUUGGCCUUCAGUGACCAAGCCAUUAAUGAAAGCGUUCCGAUGGAGAGCUUGAGGUGCCACAAUGACUACAGCUCACUCGUGACGUGCACAUGGAAGGAACACUCCGAGGCACAUGCCCUCCUUGGUUUGACUCUGUACCAAAGGAAUGUUAUUAAAAAUGACAGUGAGGAAAUGCAUUGUCAAAAGGAGCUGGAAGAAGACUUACCUGAGGCUUCAGACCCAUACAGCCAUUGGAUUUGUUGGAAACCAGUAGAACAUUUUGGAAUUGGAGUGGAUGACUAUUACAGCUUCAAACCCAAGCAGAAUCUUGAAGCACAACUACAAGUUCAUCUUUUCCAAAAUGUUCAGCCCCUUCCCCCUCAGAACCUCUCACUCCGAGAAAGUUCAGGGGACUUCUUGCUGACAUGGACAGCACCUGAUGGAAGCCAAGGGCUGAGCAAUGUGUUGGAGUAUGAAGUUGCUUACAAGCGGGACUGGGAGUCCUGGGAGAAGGCUGCUUCACGCCUGCUCUCCAACAUCACUCAUUGCCACCUCAGCCACCUCAUCCCAGGAAGCAGAUACAUCGCCCAUGUGCGAGCCAGACCAGAGCAGGGCACAGGUUUCUCCGGGCAAUACAGCGAGUGGAGCACAGAUGUGUCCUGGGAGACCCCCGAAGGUGGCAUUCAUCCCAGGAACCUUCGUUGCCUCUUCAAUGGUGCAUAUCUGAAGUGCAGCUGGGAAGUGAAGGAAGCGAUUGCCAGCUCUGUCAUCUUUGGCUUGUUCUUCAGGGCCACUCCAGCAUCAGCGGAAGAGGAGUGCUCUCCCGUGUAUGAGAAGGCUUUGCCCCAUGUCCCAUAUGUGGUGCAGAGCUGUGGGAUCCCUGUUAGCAACAUCAGCAGUCAGAGCCAGUACCAAGUGUCUGUGCGGACCAAGAUGGAGGAGAAACUGAUAGAAGCCUACAAGAACAUUAAGGUGCUGCCACCUGCAAAUGUGUCUGUGGAACUGAUGAGAAAUCAGGAGUAUGAACUGAGGUGGAAAAAACACACUUUACGGUAUGGUUUCAUAAAACAGCAGUACGAAGUCCAGUUCUGGAAGCACAACCAGUAUGAAAAAACCUUGAAGACCAUAAAAAUUACCAAUGAUGAACCUCCCUUCAUCUUCACUGAUCAGAUGUUGUCAGCGUCUACCAAAUACAGGGGAAGAAUGCGUGCAAUGGUGAAUAAUCAGGAUUACCAGGGAUACUGGAGUGAAUGGAGUGAGGAGUUCACCUGGGAAACUGAGAAUGUUCUUUCACCAGUGGUUCUCCCAUUGAUGCUGCCAGUUCUCAUCAUCACUUUGCUCGCUGUUGCUUAUUGCAGCUUUAAGUACUUACUCAGUGAGACGCGAACCUUGAAAACUCUGUGUUGCUGCAGGCAGAAGAAGCUGUGGGAGGAAAAGAUUCCAAACCCCAGCAAGAGUCUGCUGAUCCAGAGCUACUUGAAGAAAGUUCCUCUAGGAAACAGGCAUGCAAGCAGCCAGCUGGAUUUCAACAAAUGCAGCCUUAUGGAGAAUAUGGAUCAGCCUAGCUUCCUUCAAGUUGUGGACAGGCAGAAGAAGAUUUUGGCAGAGUCCCCUGAAGUGCAGAUUGAAAGGACAGAGGUUUCUUCUCCUGCAUUGGACCUACAGAACCCAUACCAUGCUUUAAAUGCCCCGGUUGUCUGCCCAAGGACAAACUGUGCUGACACAAGUAUAACUUCCCAGACAGCAAUCACUUGCUUUGCUUACAAUGGCCCAUACUUGUACAGCCCAGUGAGGUCUUCUCAGCCUGAGAUGCAUCAGACCCUGGAGGUGAGCUUGAAUCCAAUGGGAAAACAGGAGAAAGCAGUGUCCCUGCAGUACGUGACCCUUCCAGACAAAGCCAGCCCCCAGGCUGCACAGAGGCAGGAGCAGCCAGGAGCAGGUCCUCUGCAGCCCUUCCUGCUCCCAGAGCAGAAGGAAGCAACGCAGUACCUCAACAAGAAGGAAGUUUCACCACUUCCCUCCAGCUGUGGGAAAAGCACAGACAUGAGAACAGAAGAACAGAAAUGUCCAGAGGCUCCUGGCUGUCCGGCAUUCCUUCAGCAGUGUCCCUUGGAGUACAUCACCACAGACAGCCUGUCACUGCCAUCAGCCAGCGGCACCACACACCUGCCACUCGCCACUGCUGGGGGGAAGCCCUGUGAUACACAGGAGCCCCAGCAGGCCAUUGAGCUGUUCAAAAGCAUUUAAUCAGCUGAUUAUUUCUCCUGGCAGCAAUCUUUGAGGAUCACAGAAGAUCUGUUAAAGGAGUAAAUAUCAAUGAAUAGCAAGGCUAAGAGUAGUUGAAAGAGAUGGCAGCUAUCUGUUAAAAACGAUCUCUGCAAGCUAGGAGCAAAUAAACCAUUCCUUUUUUCUAUUUUCCAGUGCUGUGUGUUGAAAGGCAUGGCUUGAUCUCAUCCUCAUUAACCUUUGCAAUUUUGUCAUGAAAGGCAAUCUAAAUAUUGCCAUGUUGAGAGACAUGGUGUUUUUUGAACUUUCUAGCUUAACAUGGAGACAUUACUAAAUAUAUAUAUUGUUGGAGGAAUUCCCAAGGACUCACUCAGUACAAUAAAAGGAGUGGAAUGGGCCAGUAAAAGAGAACAAGACAAGAGAAAAGAUAUGGAGGUGCAGAAGCCUGUGUCUGUUGGGGUUUUUCCAUUUCUGUAUGUUAAAAUAUAAAAUGAUUUUCUUUUAAGUUCAUUGGAUGUUUAUGCAUGAUAUAAUUCAUCUUAACUAUGUGACGUGUUCUUUUCUUUUUGUCUUCGUUCUUUCUAAGCUGUAUUGGAAAAGAGGAACCACUUUUUUACUUAUUCUGUUUCUGUAAAGAAAGUGUUGCAAGAUAGGAGCACAGAACUGCCACUCUGUGAUUAGUAAAAGGCUUUGGUUUUAGAUCUGAAGAUAGACUUGCAAUUCCAAAUACAUAUAUAAUUUAAUCUAAUAAAAUAUAUUAUUUCUUCUUACAAA